AUGGCAUCAGGAUAUGGCAUGCACGGAGGUGUCGGGCGAUGCUUUCCGUUCUGGCAAGAUGUGAUGGCCUGUUAUGUCGUAAACACGACAGCAGAAGACGAUUCUGGGAAAAAAAAAUGUUCUCCUGCAUUAGAGGACUAUUACGAAUGCUUGCAUCAUAAAAGAGAGCAUGCAAGAGCAAUUGCCAUGAAAGCCGCCUAUGCCCGGGCCGGUAUAAUAACGCCUCGAAACAACGCGCCAAGUGCCGAACAAGUACGCGAUCUCGGUUUAUUAAAGAAGUAA